AUGGAGAGCAAACACUAUAGUCAAAACAUCACAGUUCAGUACUGCUUUCCUUACAUAAACUCUUCUUGCAGGAAGGAGGUGCGAACAGGCUCUGCUUAUAUAUUUCUGUUCUUUGUUCUCUCAUGUGUUUCUGUGUUCACUGUGUUUCUGAACCUGCUGUUGAUCAUCUCCAUCUCUCACUUCAAGCAGCUCCACACUCCCACCAAUCUGCUCAUCCUCUCUCUGGCUGUGGCAGAUCUUCUCGUGGGAAUGUUUGUUAUGCCUGUGAAUAUCAUGCAAUUAAUAGAUUCCUGUUGGUAUCUUGGAGAAAUGGCAUGCACUGUGUCUUUAGUGGUCAGUUUUAUGUCAAUAUCAGGGUCACUCUGUAGCCUGGUUCUCAUUGCAGUUGAUCGGUACAUUGCUGUCACUGACCCUCUGCUUUAUUCCAUGAAAAUCACAGUUUGUAAAACUGUCUUGUUGAUCAUAAUAGUGGCACAACGUCAAGCUAAAGCUGUUAAAGUUGUGAUGACCGGUGCCUCAAACAAACAUGGAGCUCAAUCCUCAAAUGUUUCUGAAACCAAAGCAGCAAAGACAUUAAGCAUUACAGUAUUUGUUUAUCUUGCUUGUUAUAUACCUUAUUACAUAGGUUCUCUGACAGAUAGUAACUUGACAUCUUCAUCAAUGGUCUGGACUGUUUUUAUCUGGCUAAUAUACAUGACCUCAUCCUUCAAUCCACUAAUAUAUGCCAUUUUCUACCCAUGGUUCAGAGCAUCAGUGAAGUAUGUUUUAACUUGUAAAAUAUUUGGAUAUUCAUCUUCAAGGUUAAAUUUGUUUCCAAAGCAUGUUUAA